UGUGGCACUCAGGCAGCGGAUGAUGAAUUUGUAGCAUUUUUAAAAUUUUACAUUCACGUUCACAAAGGCAAAUCAUUUCCAAAGGCAGCUCUCAUUCCUCCCAGUGCCAGCCCAGUGCUGUUUAGCUGUCUUGUGCUAAAGAAACAAAUUAUGUCGGCUGAUGAGACAAAAUCAGACACCAUGAGGGAGGCUCAGAUAAAGCACAUGGCGUAUUUGAGCGUCCGGUUGCUCAAGUGGUUGGACAGCGGUGAUCAUUACGACUGCACUUUUGCUGUUGGACCUGAAAUAUCCCAGAAAGUGUUCAGGUGCCAUCGUCAGGUGUUGGCCGCCGCAAGUCCUGCCUUGGAGACAAUGUUGUUGGGCCAGUUUGAAGAGGGGCAAAAGGGUCCUGACGACCCCAUCACUCUGGCUGCCUGUGACGCUGAAAUAUUUGCCAUGGCUCUGAGGUUCAUCUAUGGCAGUGAGACGUUGAAAAUCAUUGAGAACUGCACAAGUUUGGAGCAGGCGGAAAGCCUCUUCACAUUUGCUGCAAUGUGGCAAGUGGCUGUGCUGGACAAGCUGGCCGCCGACAUUUGCCUUCAAUUUGACCACACGGCCGAGGACCUUCUUCAAUUGCACAAUCUUUUCAUGCUGCACAACUACAAGGAAAAGGCUGCCGCUGUUCUCAAGAUGAUGUGUGACCGAGGCAGUGAGGUCCUCUCCUCCAUGGAAGAGGCCAGCAAAGAGACGGUGGAGGCCCUGCUGCGCUCCGACCAAAUGAACAUCUUCAGUGAGAAGCAGGUUUUUGACGCUCUUGUCAAAUGGGGCUUUGCUCAAGUUGGGCCGAACGCGGACCCUGCAGCCGUCAGGGCUAAGCUGGGACGUUUGAUGGGCCUGGUGCGUUUUUGCGCUUUUUCUAAAACUCAUUUUACCCAGCUUUCUCAUAAAACAAAAAUUUUGACUGGUGACGAAAAGGCUGCCAUCUUCUCCCACUUGGAGCUGCCAGAGUCCACUGAUCCUGUAAAGGGUCUCGACUUGACUUCUCCUUGGCGAGGACUCUGCCAAAUGACUCAUUUUUUAAUCAGAUUCAAUGACACUGCCCAUCGGCAGUUCACAGAGCUCAGCGACAGUAACAGGGAACUGAAGUUUGACUUCCAAGUCAACAAACCUGUUUACCUGCUGUCUGUUGGAGUACACAGUCUUUGCUACCUAAACCCUGGCCUUGAAAUGAGCAUCCGGGUUGACCUAAAGGAAGACAUGGAAAUUAAAUCGUCGUGUAGCUUCCACACUCCUGCCAACAAGCACAGCUAUGCUCAGCAGGAGGACUCGUUAAUUGACUUGGUCAAUCCAAUUUUGCUUAAGGAGAACACAAAGUAUACUGUGCUCAUCAACCACCUCAGCAGUAGAGUCAGGAUGGUGCCAAUUUUGGCUGACCAAAACCCAACAUACAUCACCACUGAAGGUCUCAAAGUGAACUACUCCCCACUUCAGGGCGAUGUUUGUGCUCUUGGCUUUGGAUGGCCCACAAAACACGAGUGAGUUCUACAACUAACAUGUCUUUUGUAACAUUAAAAAAUUUCUCUUUUGAAAUUGUAUUUCGAUAUGAAUUCAAAGUUACUUUUGAUGCAGUAGAAUUAAGUAAUUUUAUCAACAUAUGAAAUUUAUGAUAUAUUGUUUUGAUUAUAUUGGUUCGAAGAACAAAAACAUUUUCUGCUUAAAAUCAUCUCCAAAAAUCGAAGACUAAAAAUCUGAUUGUGAGUUCAAAUCUGAAGUGCAUUAAUAAAGGCGAAUAAAGGUUGCUUUCAGUUAAAAUGUAAAUAUAGUUUAAAAUAAUUUUGCCUUUAAAU